UACACAUGUACGAUCAGAAAAGUCGGGAUACGUCAGGCGUUAAAUGCGGAUCGUUCGACAUUGGCAAACUUUUUACGCUGACCGAUCUUCGUAAUCGCUUCAACGGCAAUGCACUAGACUUGGACCCCAAAAAUAAAAUGAUGGCGACUUCAAUGGAGCCCAUUGCCGUCAGCGAGCAAAGCAGCGAGGAAAGCUCUACAUCACAUUCCAAAGACCUGGUUACAAGUCGAACAGAAAGCACUCUAUAUAGUAGCUCAAGAAGUGAGUCCCUUUGGAACACAGCCCACCGAAGUGCCUGGGACACCUACCAGAAGCCUAUUGUCAUCAUGUCUAUUGGGGGAUCUGUGUUCCUGUUGGGAAUAAUAUUGACCACUAUGUAUUUUAUGAGUUCCAAUGCUCCUGUGUCUAAGAACCUUGGACCUGUGGCAUUCUCCAUUGGACUAAUGGUUCUGAUUGUUGGGUUGGUUUGGGUGCCAAUCAUCAGGAAGAAACGAAAACAGAGGUCAUCUUCCAGGCUCUUCAACCAUCAACGACAGCUGUUCUUUCAUUUUUGAAUAUUUCGGAUAACAGAUGCAACUGGUAGGAGUAGGACCCUGGUCCUAUCGCAUCCGCAUUUUGUUUUGAUGGAUUUACUGAGGACUUGGAUUGAGCAGUUUGGCAUUAAGAUUAGACCUUGUCUUAAGUGACUUACAUUGUAGAUUUAAUAAUCCCAGUGGAUUUACACACCGUAGGAUGAACUCAUGCGGAAUUCAGAGUGCAGAAAACUGAACAUUCGACUUAUAUUAAAAAAAUAAACUGGCAUGACAAAUUUGUUCCAAACUUCUUCUAGGCAGCCAAGCUUGUACAUGGAAAAUAAUUCUUUCCUUCUUAACCAUUUACUUGUGUGAUGGGUGAGAGAUGUUCUGCUAAGCAAUGCACUGCUUUGUUCUUCGGCACAAAAUAGGUUUAUAUGAGAUGAUCCACCAGUAAUUAAAUAACCAAGUAUUUUAUAUA